UGGUGGCUUCCUGAGGUACAAGGUCUCUGCCACCUCUUUCCACUUGCCUGUAAGUCUUCAGUUGUCUGUUUUGAACUAGUACUUGCUUUGUCACUUGCACUGUACCCUAUCAGGGGAUCCUCCUGUGGCUAGGUAGAACUCUUUUUAUUUACUUAACAAACAAGCUAGUUCUUGAUGUCCCAGACGUUCUUCUAACUUCUAACUAUUUUAUAAAUAGAUAUUCACUUCAUCACCAUAGCAACCCCAUCACUAUCCUUAUUUUACAUAUCAGGACACUGAGGCUUAGAAAGGUUAAGCAGCUUGCCUAAGGUCACACAGUCAAUACCUGGUGGAGUCAGCCUUUGAACUUGGAAUCCUGGGAUUCAGAAUUCUUGUUCUAAACCACAUUCUGUGCUGCCUCCUUAAAGUUCUGAAUGGGAAAUGGGGGCCCUGAAUUCCUGGGAGACAUGGCAUUUGGGGAGAGCCUCUAGUCUAGAUUCCCUUGCCACCCCAAGCCUGAUAGGGUAGUCAUAGCCCUCAAAUCAAGGCUUUUUUAUGGGGAACAGGCAGUGUCAGGGUGCAUCCGGAUGGGGGGGUGCAAUCAGGAGGCCACUGCAGACCAUGGCCACUGCAGACCAUGGCCACGCGGCUGGGGUGCUGUAUACAGGGACAUGGAGGAGAAUUGGCCUUGCACCGAGCUCUCAGGGAGCUUGCUGUCCAGCUGACUGGAAAAACAAGGCAGUUGUGCGUGAACAAUUACCAACAGUUGUGUAAGACAAUGAGGGGGCAGACAUCACAAACAUGCAGUUGAAACCAUGAGUCUGGGCUUUGAAUCCUGUGUGCCCUUAUCACUUGACUCCUCACUGAGCCUCAGUUUCCUCCAUCAGUCAGGGGAAGUAAUAAUGGCACUGACUCCGUAGGGUUUGGUGAGGCUCAAAUGAGAGAAAAUAUGAAAGGUUUGAGCUCUUGAGCAGACAUUCGAUGAGCAUUCAUCUAGAUCUGGAAAGAAAGGGCCCGCCCCUCGGGUUGGCAUGGAGCAGGAAAGAGGAUGAAAGUAUUGCCUUGGAUUCAGAGCACUGAGGUUUGAAGCCCAACCAUGGUAAGUCACUUACCCCGCUGGGCCUUGACUUUUCUUGUCUGUAAAAUGGGUAUAAAAUAGUGCCCCACCCCACCCGUUGUUGUGAGGUUUAAGUUAGUUAAUUCUGGGUGCCAGAUGUAAUUUCUAGUCACUCUAGACAAUAAGCCAUCAAUAUGUGUUACUGAUUUCAUUAUCAUCAUCAAAUCGUAUUUUGGAUUUGGGGGCGCUAUUCAGGGAGGUGGAAAGAGGGGACUCAGACUUUUAGGAGGGGGAUUUUGUUGUGACACAACAAAAUGUGAUGGAAGAAUUUGGGCUGAUAUUCAUUGAGCGCUUACUCCGUGCCAGGCACGCUAUAGUGCUCAUGAGGCAGGUCUUCUGUCACCCCCAUGGAGCCAGGUUCAGAGGCCUACAGUGACAUGGCCAAAGAAACUGGCUAAUAGGGAGUGGAGCUGGAGCUUGAGAGGCUCAAAGUCAGGCUCCUAAUUUCAAAGCUUUAAACCAAAUUAAGAGAUAGGGUGGGAUAGGGCUGAGAGGGGAGGGAGUAACCUGGCCAGGGAAGGGCCACAAGUGGGCAAGCCUUAGCCAAAUUAAGGAAACAAUGAGGCAUAGACUAGGUAAACACAUGCUUCUGCACUGGGUUUUCCCAGAGUAAACAAGAAGACAUAAGCUUAGGAAAAGGAACUCCUAAAGACUAGAGGGAAGCCUUCCUGGAAGAGGUGGAACUUGAGAAACUGGCAGUAUUGAAAAAGAUGGGAGCUGGGCCUCCCCUGGUGGUGCAGCAGUUGAGCGCUGGGUUGCGAGGCUGCUCACGGCCUCUGCAGGGUCAGUUCAAUCCCCGGCCACCGGCGAGGGUCCUACAAAAAAAAAGAAAAGAAAAAUAUGGGAGCCAACAACACCUUGCAGGCAGGGCAUCAGCAAAGGCCCCAAGGUAGAAAUGAGCCAUGCGCUUCAGGGCUGAGAAGUGGGAGGUCAGAGGGAGGGUUGGUAAGGGUUGGUGGCCUCAGGGGCACAGGCAGAGUGACAGCCCUAGGGAGAUAAGGAGGGUGACAGAUUCAAGAGGCUUAGCUAAUGUAGAAAUAGAAAUAACCUUCCAUCUGGACAGGAAAUAGAGCAUAGUGAUCAAGAGGGCAGGCUCAAACGCUAGCCAGGCUGCUUCCUAGCGUGUGCGCAGGGCAGGCCACAUGAAGUCUCAUUUCCAAAAUGAGGGUCAUGAAAGUACCUAUCUCCUAAGAUGAGCUGGUUUGGGAGAUGUGCUUAGCACAGUGCCUGAAACGUGGCAGCACUUGGUUCAUUCAUCCAUUCUGCAAAUGCCAGUCGCACACUUGGGGCAGCACUUCUCAGGGGCACACAGCAGAGAGCAAAGUAAAUAAAAAACCCCUGCCCUCAAGGAGCUUACAUAUGGAAGAUGAAACCGUUAACACAAAAACAAGUAAAAGACAUGGCUUGCUAGAUGCUGCCAAGUGUCAAAGGGAGAAAUGAAACAGGGAAAGGGUUUAGGGGGUGGUCAGGCUACAGGGUUGUUGCAUUUUAAGUAGACUUAUAAACUUGUAAUACUAUUGUUAGUGUUAUAUGUAUAGUAGGUUUUAGUAGAAAAAGUGACGUCCAGUUAAUAUGACAUAUGUUCUUCAUGGCAAUUAUUUGAGGUGUAGGUAUUGCUGUUCCCAUUUUACAGAUGAGGACUUUGAGGCUCAAAGAGAAGAAUCUGACCCCAGAGUCGUGCCUCUGACUCCCUAUGACACCUGAGACGAGAGGAGUGCUGUUCCUGAAAGUCUAGAGGACAGGACGGGAGAGAGAGAUGGGAGCUUGCCUGCCUGUCUACCUAUUGGCCUGGACCCCAGAGCCCGCCCAGCUGAGCGUGUGCAGAGAGCCCCGGGUACGGGGUGACUCUCGGGCUGCUGCGGAGACCAUCCUGGAGUCACUGGUGAAGACAGACCUUUCCUGCUAAGCCCAGCCUGUCUGCAGAGCCUGCUCAGGCGCUGUCCAAGCCCCCCGGCCUGGGCUCAGGCCGAAGUCACUCCACGGCACCCCCAGCGGACCGCUAGCAACCGGCAGAGCCCCCAGGCCCGGGGGCCCUCGCUCUCCCAGAGCUCUCCAGUGUGACAGCCCAGGCGGCAGAGCCGAGGGUCCUGGUCCCGGCUUCUCGCACCCUCAUGUCAGCCCCGGCCCCGCCCGGCGGCCCGCGGAGGACAAGGUCAGGAUGCGUGUGAAGCCCCAGGGCCUGGUGGUGACUUCCAGUGCCGUGUGCAGCUCUCCUGACUACCUCCGGGAGCCCAAGUACUACCCCGGCAGCCCCCCCACCCCCCGACCUUUGCUUCCCACCCGGCCCCCUGCCAGCCCACCUGACAAGGCCUUCGCCCACACCUUCUCCGAGAACCCACGCCCACCCCCACGCCGGGACCCCAGCACCCGGCGCCCACCAGUCCUUGCCAAGGGGGACGAUCCACUGCCCCCUAGGGCAGCCCGGCCCGUGUCUCAGGCCCGCUGCCCCACACCCGCCGCAGACGGCAGCAACUCCCGGCGUCGCUGGGACAACGGGCGGGUGAACCUGCGUCCAGUGGUGCAGCUGAUUGACAUCAUGAAGGACCUGACGCGGCUCUCCCAGGACCUGCAGCACAGCGGCGUGCACCUGGACUGUGGGGGUCUCCGGCUCAGCCGCCCGCCUGCCCCUCCUCCUGGUGACCUUCAGUACAGCUUCUUCUCCUCCCCCAGCCUGGCCAACAGCAUCCGCAGCCCUGAGGAGCGGGCCACCCCCCACACCAAGUCCGAGCGGCCCAGCCACCCCCUCUAUGAGCCUGAGCCUGAGCCUAGGGACAGUCCCCAGCCAGGCCAAGGCCAUAGUCCUGGAGCCACAGCCGCAGCCACUGGUCUGCCCCCAGAGCCUGAGCCAGAUGGCCCUGAUUACUCGGAACUUGCUGAUGCUGACAUCCUUAGUGAGCUGGCCUCCCUUACUUGCCCUGAGGCCCAGAUCCUGGAAGCCCAGGCCCUUGAGCCUCCGUCGCCUGAGCCGGAGCCUCAGCUUCUGGACGCCCAGCCCCGCUUCCUGGACCCACAGACCCUUGAGCCACUUGGGGAAGCUCUGGAGCUGCCGCCCCUGCAGCCUCUUGCUGAUCCUCUGGGGCUGCCAGGUCUGGCCCUCCAGGCCCUGGAUACCCUGCCUGACUCCCUGGAGUCGCAGCUGCUUGACCCUCAGGCACUUGAUCCCCUACCCAAGCUGCUUGACGUCUCUGGCCGCCGUCUGGAGCCCCAGCAGCCCCUGGGGCCCUGCCCACUGGCCGAGCCAUUGCGCCUGGACUUAUGCUCACCCCAUGGCCCCACUGGGCCCGAGGGUCACCCCAAGUACGCCUUGCGGCGCACUGAUAGGCCAAAGAUCCUAUGUCGCCGGCGAAAAGCCGGACGGGGGCGCAAGGCCGAUGCCGGACCUGAGGGCCGCCUGCUGCCCCUGCCUCUGCCCACAGGGCUGGCAGCUGCCCUGGCCGAGCCCCCACCACCGCCGCCGCCACCACCCCCUGCCCUGCCAGGCCCAGGCCCAGUCCCAGAGCUGGAGCCAGAAUCUUCCCAGACCCCAGUAGUCCCCACCCGCAAAGGCAAAUGCCGGGGUGUCCGGCGCAUGGUGGUAAAGAUGGCCAAGAUCCCUGUAUCGCUGGGGCGGCGGAACAAGACCACAUACAAGGUGUCGUCCUUGAGUAGCAGCCUGAGCGUGGAGGGCAAGGAGCUGGGCCUGCGGGUAUCAGCAGAACCCACCCCGCUGCUGAAAAUGAAGAACAAUGGACGGAACGUAGUGGUGGUCUUCCCGCCUGGUGAGAUGCCCAUUAUUCUCAAGCGUAAGCGGGGCCGUCCUCCUAAGAAUCUGCUGCUGGGUCCUGGCAAGCCCAAGGAGCCGGCCGUGGUGGCGGCUGAGGCGGCCACCGUGGCAGCGGCCACCAUGGCCAUGCCCGAGGUGAAGAAACGGCGGCGGCGGAAGCAGAAGCUGGCAUCCCCCCAGCCAUCUUACGCAGCAGACGCCAAUGACAGCAAGGCCGAGUACUCCGACGUCCUGGCCAAGCUGGCCUUCCUGAACCGCCAGAGUCAAUGUGCCGGGCGGUGCUCACCGCCCCGCUGCUGGACACCCAGCGAGCCCGAGUCAGUGCACCAGGCCCCCGACACCCAGAGCAUCUCCCACUUCCUGCACCGCGUGCAGGGCUUCCGGCGGCGUGGUGGCAAAGCAGGCGGUUUCGGUGGCCGGGGCGGGGGCCAUGCAGCCAAGGCAGCCCGGUGCUCCUUCAGUGACUUCUUCGAGGGCAUCGGCAAGAAAAAGAAGGUGGUGGCGGUGGCAGCUGCUGGGAUCGGGGGCCCCGGCCUCACCGAGUUGGGGCAUCCACGCAAACGGGGCCGGGGGGAGGUGGAUGCUGUGACUGGGAAGCCCAAACGCAAGAGGCGAUCCCGCAAGAACGGGACUCUGUUCCCUGAGCAGGUGCCCAGCGGCCCAGGCUUUGGGGAGGCAGGUGCUGAGUGGGCUGGGGACAAGGGUGGUGGUUGGGCCCCUCACCAUGGGCACCCAGGCGGGCAGGCGGGCCGAAACUGUGGGUUCCAGGGGACCGAGGCCCGGGCUUUUGCCUCCACUGGGCUAGAGAGUGGGACUUCGGGCCGGGGCAGCUACUACAGCACAGGCACCCCUGCGGGCCAGACUGAGCUCAGCCAGGAACGCCAAAACCUCUUCACCGGCUAUUUUCGCUCACUGCUCGAUUCGGAUGACUCCUCCGACCUCUUGGACUUUGCCCUCUCAGCCUCUCGCCCAGAAUCCCGGAAGGCAUCAGGCACCUACGCGGGGCCCCCAACCAGCACCCUGCCCGCCCAGCGGGGCCUGGCCACCUUCCCCAGCCGGGGAGCCAAGGCCAGCCCAGUGGCAGUGGGCAGUGGUGGGACUGGGACAGACCCCUCCUUCCAGCCUGUUCUGCCCGCUCGCCAGACCUUCCCACCCGGCCGGGCGACGAGCUAUGGGAUAACCCCAGCCACGUCAGACUGCCGAGCAGCCGAGACCUUCCCGAAGCUGGCUCCCCCUCCUUCAGCUGUGGCCCGCUCACCCACCACCCACCCGCCCGCCAACACCUACCCCCCCCAGUACAGUGGCUAUGGGGCCGGACAGAGUGUAUUCGCCCCAGCUAAGCCCUUUACGGGCCAGGACUGUGCUAAUAACAAAGACUGCAGUUUUGCCUACGGCAGCGGCAACAGCCUGCCUGCCUCACCCAGCAGCGCCCACAGUGCCGGAUAUGCCCCACCGCCUAGCGGUGGCCCCUGCCUGCCACCAAGCAAGGCCUCCUUCUUCAACAGCUCUGAGGGGGCCCCUUUCUCUGGUUCAGUCCCCACACCCCUACGCUGUGACAGCCGGGCUAGCACCGUCUCACCCGGCGGCUACAUGGUGCCCAAGGGCACCACCGCCUCUGCCACCUCUGCCUCCGCUGCAUCCUCUUCCUCCUCCUCCUUCCAGCCCUCACCUGAGAACUGUCGGCAAUUUGUGGGGGCUUCUCAGUGGCCUUUCCGGCAGGGCUAUGGAGGCCUGGACUGGGCCUCAGAAGCCUUCAGUCAGCUCUACAAUCCCGGGUUCGACUGCCACGUCAGUGAGCCCAACGUGAUCCUGGACAUCUCCAACUACACGCCACAGAAGGUGAAGCAGCAGACGGCGGUGUCUGAGACCUUCUCCGAGUCAUCCUCCGACAGCACCCAGUUCAAUCAGCCGGUCGGUGGCGGUUUUAGGCGUGCCAACAGCGAGGCCUCCAGCAGCGAGGGCCAGUCGAGCCUGUCCAGCCUGGAGAAAUUGAUGAUGGACUGGAAUGAGGCAUCGUCCGCCCCGGGCUACAACUGGAACCAGAGUGUCCUCUUCCAGAGCAGCUCCAAGCCCGGCCGCGGACGGCGGAAGAAGGUGGACCUAUUUGAGGCCUCACAUCUGGGCUUCCCAUCAUCUGCCUCGGCCACGGCCUCAGGCUACCCAUCUAAGCGGAGCACUGGACCCCGGCAGCCACGGGGUGGACGAGGUGGUGGGGCCUGCUCAGCCAAGAAGGAGCGGGGUGGUGCAGCGGCCAAAGCCAAGUUCAUCCCCAAACCACAACCGGUCAACCCGCUGUUCCAGGACAGCCCCGACCUCGGCUUGGACUACUAUAGCGGAGACAGCAGCAUGUCACCACUGCCCUCACAGUCGAGGGCCUUUGGCGUGGGUGAGCGAGACCCCUGUGACUUCAUGGGACCCUACUCCAUGAACCCGUCCACGCCAUCCGACGGCACCUUCGGCCAAGGUUUCCACUGCGAUUCGCCCAGUCUGGGCGCCCCUGAGCUAGACGGCAAGCAUUUCCCACCACUGGCCCACCCACCCACAGUGUUUGAUACUGGCCUGCAGAAGGCAUACUCACCCACCUGCUCACCCACACUGGGCUUCAAAGAAGAGCUACGGCCGCCACCCACAAAGCUGGCUGCCUGUGAGCCCCUCAAGCACGGGCUCCAGGGGGCUAGUCUGGGCCAUGCGGCUGCAGCGCAGGCUCACCUGAGCUGCCGGGACCUGCCGCUGGGCCAGCCCCACUAUGACUCUCCCAGCUGCAAGGGUACGGCGUAUUGGUACCCACCGGGCUCAGCUGCCCGUAGCCCGCCCUAUGAAGGCAAGGUGGGUACAGGGCUGCUGGCUGACUUCCUGGGCAGGACGGAGGCCGCGUGCCUCAGUGCCCCACACCUGGCUAGCCCACCGGCCACGCCCAAGGCCGACAAGGAGCCACUGGAGAUGGCCCGGCCACCCGGCCCACCCCGUGGCCCCGCUGCAGCCGCUGCUGGCUAUGGCUGCCCGCUCCUUAGUGACUUGACCCUGUCCCCGGUGCCGAGGGACUCGCUGCUGCCCCUGCAGGAUACUGCCUACAGGUAUCCAGGCUUUAUGCCGCAGGCGCAUCCCGGCCUUGGUGGGGGCCCCAAGAGCGGCUUCCUGGGGCCCAUGGCGGAACCUCACCCUGAGGACACAUUCACCGUCACCUCCCUGUAGUGCCAACUGAAGUGCCGACUGGACCUCGAGGUUUUGUUCCUGGCUUUCAGAAAACCAACGCCAAGACCCCUCCCAGCGUCCACAUCGUCUUCUGGCAGGAGCACCUGCCCCUCUGCCUCCAGCCCCACCCCACCUGCACCCCUGCAGCCCCUCUCCCCCUCUCCCCCUCCCUGCCCAUCUCCUCCACGCAGAAGCCGAAGGUGAGCCCUUUCUGCACAAAACCAGCAAUUGUAAAUACUUUUUAAAAAUGUAUAAAACUUAAAAACAAAACACAGUUUUAGAAAAA